ACUUUGUGGGCUAGACUUCUUCAUUAACCCCACCUUCUUCUUUAUGCUUUCUGUGAAACGAAACUCAUGCCCCGGGCUCUAACUGAACACUGGUGGACCUAUAUAAAAGAGAUCUUGUGGCAUAGGUUUCAUUAUUUCUUCUUAUUUCUCCGAAGCUUCUGCUAAAAUGGUGUCAUCUAGAAGUAGUUUUGUCAUCUGGACUCUGCUGUCUCUUUAUGUCUCUGCACAAGGCUGGAGUCUAUUUGAUGUUGAGAAAAAGGGACCGCCCAUGGAAGGUGAAUUGCGGUUGGUGGGAGGUGACCAGCCCAGUAAUGGUCGUGUAGAGGUGUACCACAAUGGCAAAUGGGGGACAGUCUGUGAUGACAGCUGGGACAUGACUGAAGCCCAGGUAGUGUGCCAGCAGCUUGGUUUUCCUGGAGCUGUCUCAGCCAAAGCAGGAGGAUCAUACGGAGAAGGUUCUGGUCCUAUUUGGCUUGAUGAUUUGAGCUGCAAGGGAUCAGAGAGCUUUUUGUCCAGCUGUCAUUUUAAAGGCUGGGGUGUUACUGACUGUUCUCACAAAGAGGAUGCAGGAGUGGUCUGUGAAAGUGGAAAAGAGAUGGACAGCAACUAUAAGUUCCAACUGGACCACAGCCUGGGCCUGUCUGGAGAGCUUGGGAGACUUUUUGAUAGUGGUGACAACUGUGAUUUCAGUGUUGUGGUCCGUGACCCCAGUGAAGACCAAGCUGAAAUUAAAACAGUUUGUGUCCAUAGGCUGAUUUUAUCUCUCUACCCUCAGUUUAAUAUCUCUGAUAGCAACAAAGACCACACAGUUGAAAUUAGCCAAAACUGCCAUCCCCAUAUCUCCAGCUUCUUGAGGUAUCUGUACACACGCAAGAUUGACAUCACCCUCUCUUCAGCCCAGUGCCUACACCAGCUUUCUCAUAUUUAUCAGUUGCAACAGCUUUUGGAGGAGAUAGGCAGAAUCUUUACUUUGCUCCUUCCUCAGGACAGCACCUUCCGUACCCAAGUGUCCCUGUAUGAGUAUGGUGUUCGUACCAAGGACAUGCUGCUUCAGGAAAAUGUUCUUCAGUACCUCUCCUGGAACUUUGAAUCCCUUGUUGACUCUCCGGCAUGGAAAACUGCCUCCAUACACAUGAUGAAGGCACUUCUGUCUCGAUCAGAUUUAGUAGUGAAAGAUGAGUUUUAUGUGCUUCAGGUCUUGGAAGAAUCAAUCAAGAAGAAAGGAGAGACAGUUAGCUUAGAUGACAAGACCAGCUUACUAAGCUCCAUUCGCUUCCCCAUGAUUCCUGUUGAAAAUCUUUAUGAUAUUCAGUACAGCUCAGGCAUGUACCAAAGCAAUGAAGCAUUUUAUAGUAGUGCUUUGUUGAAAGGCUUCCAAUUCAAUACUUUACCUUUCUCAAAGAUUAAAGAACGUUUUAAUAAUUUUAAUGACUGUCUACCCAGGAUCUACACUGCUGAUCCAUGGAGCGUUGCCAUCAAUUACACUGCAGACAGUGGCUCUAACAAUUACCAUUACUCUCAUUAUCCCUAUAGUUCUAGUUCAUUUACAACUUCUGCCCAUAACAGUGUGUCUUACAGGCACGAAAAAAUCCAAUGGUUUGCACAGGUUCUUCGAAAUAGUUGGGAAUGCUCUAACCAAGGUUUUAUUUGUGACUCUUUGCCUGUAGCCAGACUCUAUAGCCAAUCUGUCAUGAGUAAUUAUGAGAGCACAAUUCGCUUCGACAACAAGCUGAUUCUCUCAUGCAGAUCUGAAAAAAUUGUGUUCAAUGUCCAAGAUUUUAAAAAUGGCAAAGCUGUGGUUCCAACCAACAGCAGUAUGGGUCUGCCCCAUCCCUGCCCUGAUGACUAUAGCUUUACUUUUGUUGUGCAUCCAGAGUACAUCUGAUUACAUUCUCCUGUACACUAAUAGAUCUCUGCUUGCAUCUUUGUUCUAAUUUUUAUAUCAAAUUAUUGUCAUGCCAAUGUUAGUGACUUCUUUCUGUCAGUUUUUCAAUAAACAUUUCUCAGCUGUGAAUGUGAAACAAUCAACAUGAUCAAAUUAAAGAUUGCUGAACUUGCAAA